UCCAUUCCCAAUAGUAAGUGUUUGGGGCUUGGGAUCAGUCGAAUUCUAAAACUAUGGAACCAACUGGUUUCAAACUGGGGGAACAACAUCUGGAGUAAUGACCCCAACCGUUUGGAAGAUAUCUUGAGAAAAGGUUUUAGCACCGGCGUAUCCUAUAUGUGCCCUAGUUUAUUCGAAGUAUCCCAAUGGUGUAAUGCCGUAGACUUAUUGGGAAAAGGGAGGAAAAUCACUUUGAUCUAUUGUUUCGGAGAAUUAAAUGGCUUAUGAGGAAUGGAAAGAAACGUAUUCUAUUUGAUCUCAAAGUCCUUUUCCAAUCCUGGAUGGGGGAUCACUUGUAGGAAUGACAUAAUGCUAAUCCAUGUUCCACACAGCCAAGGAAGCUUCUUAUUUAAUCUCAUUAUGACUUGGGUAUGGUUCAAAGAAGGGUAUGAUUAACUCGUUGAUUUUGGGAACGUUCACUUAAUAUUUGAAAUAUGCCUUUCUAGGAGCAUUACAAUCUGCGCUCAAAUGGUCUCUUAUGAAGUCUCUAUUGGUCUUAUUUCUUAUUGUGUGCCUUGUGA